AUGAACCAGGAAGAAGGAGGCCGAGUGUUACCAAGCUCACGCACGCACGCCCGACUUCUCGUCAACCCCUCCACCCGCCCCUCCCUCAUCCUGCAUCAUUGCCGACACCGCCCACGCGCUCGACCCCGCAUCCUCACAUCCUCGUCUCACCUUGUCCUCUUGAUGAUGCGACCCCUCGGUCCCCGCACACACUCGACCCCGCCCACGCUCGACCCUGCACACGCUCGAUCCCCCAUUUGUCGGCCAUCCCGUGCUCGUGGCUGA